ACAACCAAAACAAACAGCAAAUGUAUCCAACAAUUUUUGUGGAGUCACAAACUUAAUGUAAUCAUUGACUGCUAGGAAUAUGGGACCAAAUGCUAAACUUUUUCGCCUCAUAAGACAUUUGAUCUCAAAUUCAAAAUGCUGGAGUAUAGAGACAAUGUCUUUUUUUUUAGCUUCAAUGUCAAAAUAUAUACUUAGGGGAGUGUGUACAUGUACAAUGAGCUGCUGUUCAUCAUUGAUACUUGUCUGAGAGCCUCCAUGUAUGAGAGAUUCUACUAUCUUAACGUGUGUCUGUCUGUGUGUACAGGUACAAUGAGCUACUGUUCAUCAUUGAUACUUGUCAGGGAGCCUCCAUGUAUGAGAGAUUCUACUCUCCUAACCUCAUGGCCCUGGCCUCCAGUCAAGUAGGAGAGGACUCCCUGUCGCACCAGCCAGACCUGGCUAUCGGGGUCCAUCUGAUGGACAGGUAUACAUUCUACCUGUUGGAGUUUCUAGAGGAUAUUCACCCUGCUAGCACCGCUAACAUGAAUGAUCUGUUUAAGGUGUGUCCUAAGAGUCAGUGUGUGUCCACUCCGGGCCACCGUACAGACCUUUUCCUCCGGGACCCCGGUAACGUCCUCAUCACCGACUUCUUUGGCAGUGUACGCAAAGUAGAGAUCACCGUGGAAACCAUCAACCUGACAGCUCCCAUGGUGCAUCUGGCUGUGGAAAGACCAGUAAGUGAGCUGAAGACAGAGAGCCAGUCAUACGUGGACCAACUACCAGUGGCUGAGAUUAUACACCAGAUGUCUGUCUCCCGUCCUGUAGAAACCGAAGCAGAGGGACUGGCAUCCUCCAGAUGGUUUCAUCCUGGGUCUGUGGACUCUCAUCCUCCUGGUCUUCUUCAAGACGUACGGCGUCAAGCACCUUAAGCACAUCUUCUAACCUCUGACCCGUCUUCUGCUCCUUGUGCAGUUUGACUAGUUCACUUGGCUUCCUAGAUUUGAAAGAGGACUGGUGUAGGACUCAUGGUGAAUACUCUAAAGCGCAGGCUUUCAUCCAUCCACUUAUUUUAAAUGCAUGGGGGAGGAGUGCACAACUGCACACUUCAGGAUAAAGGACAGACAAUUGGGACGCGGUGUUGGCGAGGUCCCAAUCUUUCUCUGGAUUACUAGAAGACUACAAAGACAUUAUUAACAGGGAAAGAAUGACGCAGUCUUGCGUGGAAGUUGUCUUUCUAGUCAUUCUAUUUCUAUGGUUAUUAACAUUAUCGAAAGGGGGCAAUCUGUGAUUGGUACAUUCAUUUUGUUAUUGUUUGAAGAGCAGAUUGCCCCCCUUUUUAACGUCAUUGUUUAUGUUUAAACUCUGAACUGUGUUGGAGAGAAUGUGGUGACACAACACUGACCUGCUCAAAGGCACAUAUUGUUGUCCCUUUCUGGACAUAAACAGUACUGUGUAACUACUGAUUACUGCUGGGGUUUAUUAUCCUGGACGUAACCGGUACUAUGUAACUACUGAUUACUGCUGGGGUUUAUUAUCCUGGACGUAAACAGUACUAUGUAACUACUGAUUACUGCUGGGGUUUAUUAUCCUGGACGUAAACAGUACUAUGUAACUACUGAUUACUGCUGGGGUUUAUUAUCCUGGAUGUAAACAGUACUAUGUAACUACUGAUUACUGCUGGGGUUUAUUAUCCUGGACGUAAACAGUACUCUGUAACUACUGAUUACUGCUGGGGUUUAUUAUCCUGGACGUAAACAGUACUCUGUAACUACUGAUUACUGCUGGGGUUUAUUAUCCUGGACGUAAACAGUACUCUGUAACUACUGAUUACUGCUGGGGUUUAUUAUCCUGGACGUAAACAGUAAUCUGUAACUACUGAUUACUGCUGGGGUUUAUUAUCCUGGACGUAAACAGUAAUCUGUAACUACUGAUUACUGCUGGGGUUUAUUAUCCUGGAUUUAUUGUAUUGAAUCUAACUGGUGAAUGGGUUUAGAGUUAAAACGCAACUAAAGAUAUAAGGAUGGAAGCAACAAUCCUAUGUUUAUGUUGUAUUUUUUUUUAUUAUUGUUGCAUGGUUUAGAAUUAAAGAGGGAGAACGGAAAAGGAAAUUGAGGCUUUAAAAUAAAGGAUUUAAAAUACUGGAAA